CACUAUCGUCUAUUUCAAUCAGCUCCCUUCUGAACGCAACAAUCAGCAGAGUGUACGCGGAAAGGUUCUCCAUUUCCGAUCUACCAUCUCUGUUCCUCUUUCUUCUCUUCUCUCUCCAUUACACACACUCACACACACAUAUACAACUGCUAUACAUAUAUAUAUAUACACACACAGCAAAGAGUAAGAAUGGAAGGGACAGUGUUCACUCCUGCUUUGGAAGGAAUGAAGCACGUCAAAUCUGAAGAAGGAGAAAUGCUUGCCAAGCCUUUCUUGGAUGUCUGUAAGCAGAUAUUACCUGUUAUAGACAAAUUUGGAGCUGCCAUGGCACUUGUAAAAUCUGACAUUGGCGGUAAUAUAACGAGAUUGGAGAACAAGUAUUUGUCCAACCCAUCAGAAUUCAAUCACCUGUAUAGUAUGGUGCGUGCAGAGGUUGAAGCUAAGACAGCAAAAGCUUCAUCCAGUUGCACCAAUGGUCUUCUUUGGUUAACAAGGGCUAUGGAUUUCUUGGUAGCAUUGUUCCGCAACUUAUUGGACCAUGCAGACUGGACAAUGUCACAAGCUUGCACUGAUUCCUACAGCAAGACACUAAAGAAAUGGCAUGGCUGGCUUGCCAGUUCAAGUUUUUCGUUUGCCAUGAAGCUUGCUCCCAAUAGAGAGAAGUUCAUGGAAGUCAUAAAGGGCACAGGUGACAUUAACCUUGAUAUUGAAAAUUUCUGCUCAACCUUCUCUCCGCUUCUUGAAGAGAAUCACAAGUUCUUGGCUAGUGUUGGAAUGGACGAUCUGAAAGCUUCGUAAUGGGCUACUGAAGACAUAAUAUUGUGUGUGUGUGUGUGUGUGUUUUAUUCCCUUUGAACUGUAUUUCUUGACUUGAUAUAAUCGGAACCACAUAUAUCAUUGUGUAGCUAAAACAGGAACUGAAAAGAGCACUGUUACAUGGCAUACUGUAACAACAUAGAGGACUGGUCUACAUGCGGCGAUAUGUUAAGAAAUAAUAAUGGUGUAGUCUAAUGAUUUACGAA